CACUGAUAUAUAGUUUUCUGUGCCCGAAUGUUAUACCAAUGAUGUUAUUAUUUUAGUUAGUCAGUUUGAGGAGGACACUAUAUUCUUCUAGAUUAUCCACAAUUUUUCCAUUGAGUAACUUAAACCAGUGAGCGAUGUUCACUACAAUGGAUGUAUAUGAUGCUGCUUUAUCCAUUGGCCGUGAAUGUCAACUGAUUGUGGACGAAUACGGCGACGACUUGUUACAGAAUCUUAUGCCAAAAAUAAUCUACAUUUUGGAAGAAUUAGAAAGCUGUACCACUUACUGUGACAAAGAAAAGGAGGAGAUCGCACGUCUUCAGAAACUUGCAGAUGAGCUUCGUGAGGAACAGAAAUCAGAUUUAUUGCUGAAAGAUAAAUGUGAUAAGAGUUUAGAACAACUUGAACAAAGCUGGUAUUGUGAAAGUCAAAAGUUGUUAGAAACAAUAUCUCAAUUAGAAGAAGAAAAUGUUCGUUUAACACAUCAGUUAAUUUCAUCGUGUGAUAAAGAAGUUAGAGGAAAGGAGAAACACAAAGAAGAAGAAGCAGGCGAAAAGUCCAAGAUUUUGAAUAAAUGUUUACGAUGCUGUGAUCCUAAUGAAUGCAAUUCAUCUCACCCAAAAGUAGGCGCUUUUUUAUUAGCCAAAGCCAAAUUGGCUCCUGAAGGCGGCGGUGUUCCAACUUCACAUGACUUGGAUAAAUUUCACGCUCAGCUAAAAAAUAAGUCAAAUGAAGAAGAAGAAAAAGAAGAAGCAGAAAUAUCUAAUAUGAUGUCUAGCUUAUUGUUAGAAACUGAAGAAAGGAUACAAUUAACAGACAAAGAGAAUCGUGCUGCUGAUCUUCAGUUAAUUCAACAAUUGAAAGAAUGCGUAGCAAUUAAUUACAAGUCAGCUCGAAAACUUCGUCGUGAAUUAGCCGAAGUGAGCGCCUCAUUAGAUGCUUCAGAAGAAGAAGUCUGCCGGUUAGCUCGUCAAAGUGGUCAUUUGAUGGCAUCUCGCGCUCCACACAGACGUCAAACUGGUCAACUUGUGUCUGAGAAAGCUACACUUGAGGCACAAUUAUGCCUAAAAGAAAGAGAAUUGACUAAUUUGCUUGGAAAACUGUCAUCUGAUGACGUUGCACGUGUUCAUGGUUGUGGAGCAGGGGCUGAUGCUUGUGAAUCAGUGGUACAUUUAUCAGUUGGACAAGGAUUAGAAUCUUGCCCCAAUGUUUAUAAUACAUCAAGCAAAAUGGAAGGUGAACCAAGUAAUGAAAAUAUAUCACUAGAAGAAUUACGCUAUCUACUACAUGAAAGAAAUGAACUAAAAUGUAGAUUAAUUGAACUGGAAGAAGAAUUAAAAGUAUUAGAGUUCGAGAAUCAAAAAGAUCCAGAUGUAGAAGGACCUAUGUGGCCAGAACCACCUGAUAAACUACGUCCUGGUUGGCAUCAACGUCCAAAUAUUAAAACUGUCUUUCAAAAUCUUCUACAACGAUUAACUGAGCGUACAACAGGUAUAAUAUCAUGAUGAAAUUGCCAAUUUAUAUCAUAUAUGUUGUGAUAAACUAUUUCUUCAUUUACAUACAUCUUGGGUGAUUGCAUUUGUUUUGUUUCUUUGUUUGGCUGAUAACAAGUAUACCUUAUAUCUGUUUGUUCUUGCCUUAGGUAAAUUUCUAUUAUCAUUAUUAUUGUUUCCCAAUAUGCACUCUAGUCAUUAAUAUUCUAUUACGUAUUGUCUGGAUUUCAUUUUUAUAAAAAAUGUUGUCUCUGAGGUUUGUUUGCCUUUGUUUUCAUUCCCUUAUCUACACUUCUGUUUGUGUACUUUCACAUAUUGUGCAUCAUAUUUGUUUUACUGAUUAUUAUUAUUAUUAUUAUUAUAGUUUUUAAAAGGCCUAUUACUUCACUGUGAUAUCAUCAUUAAGUCAUUCCGAAUAUAUGCUUUUAUCAAACUGUGAUGUGUGUCGAUUAUUGAAAUUGCUUUCAUCAAUAUUGUGUUGUUUGUUGUCUUUUAUCAAAUCAAAUCAAAAAUUCAAUAAAACUUUAUUAUUAUU